GCUUCCUCUUCUCCGGCUGCUAGGGCACUGCAUUCUGCGAGCAGCAGAAAUCCAGCAACGAGACGGAGCCUAGGCGCCGGUCGAAAUUUCACACAUCGCUCGCAUUCCGCAGAUUCUAUGGCGACCAUAAGAAGUCUGAAGAUUAAGACGAGUACCUGCAAACGCAUUGUGAAGGAGCUUCAUUCGUAUGAGAAAGAAGUUGAGAGAGAAGCUGCCAAAACAGCCGACAUGAAGGAGAAAGGAGCUGACAUCUAUGACCUUAAGCAGCAGGAAAAUGUACUGGCUGAAUCGAGGAUGAUGAUACCUGACUGCCGCAAUCGCCUAGAGGCUGCACUAGCAGACUUAAAAGGAAUAGUGGCGGAGAUGGAGGAGUCAAACGAGAAGGAAGGCCCUGAAAUUGAUGAAGCUCGUAGCACCAUCGCUGAUGUUGAAAAAUUAUUUGAAACAACUGAAGCUUAGCAGGGCUGUUUCGUUGAUGCCUUCAAUGCAAGAUAUCAGACCGUGUUAUAUAGUCUUCAGGCCAAACAUCCGCCAUACCUAGUGGCUUAACGAUCGAGGGAAAACUUUGCUUAUGAGUUUGAAACUUGGAUGAUUCCGUCUUGUCAAUUAUUGUUUGUUACAAUGUGAUAUCGAUCUGAGUGUUCUAGCCUGGAAGCAGCUUAUUACAACCGCUACUUAAGCUUGUCAAGUUUUUCCAAUUUUAUAUGCAUAACACAUCUUGCUUGUUGCAUCACGUGGAUCUCUUGCACAGAGUACGCUUUUGUUCUGGAUUGUAUAUGUCAGAUUUUGGUAGCUUAGUUUAAUCUCCCGCAUUUCUCUCCCCGAAGCUUGUGGAGGAGACUUGGACAUUUCUUGUUUAAUAUCAGGCUGUUAUGGUUCA